AAGAUGAAGAAAAAAAACUCAACCAGACGAUUGGGCCAUAAAUCAGCCGGUAGCACUCAAAGUGGCUCUAAAAUCCUGAAAGUCAAUAAUAAAAAAACAAGUGAAAUCAUGCAAGUGAGUACAGAAGAAAAAAAGUUAUGGAUUAAUAUGUUAGAAAAAGAUCUUGAUUUAUUCAAUCAAGUGAACUACAUUGAUAAGAAAAAGGAUCUGAAUAAAAUACAGGCUCGCGAAAAACGUUUAAAACUCGCGGAAAAAAAGAAGGCCGACUUUAUCGCUCGCGAAAAACGUCGCGAACUAGCUAAGGAAAAACAAAGACAAUUUAGAGCUCGCAAAUCAGAAAAAAAUCGAUCCAAGGACAACACAUCGAAGGAUAUCAUCCCUGAGCCCAUGAUGGAAUUGGAUUCAUCGAUCGAGAUCAUUCCCAGCACUCCAUCAGUCAUCAAUUUAAUCCUGGAACGCGAGGGUGAAGAUGCUCAGCUUGGACCAUUGAAUUUCGCGACCUCAACCCCGAAAAAACCGCGAAAAACUAUCGAGGAAAUCGAGGCCGUUCUAGUCGCGUUGGGCGCGAAUCUAGAACAAAGGAAUCGCGGGGACGAUUACGAAGGGCGAUGGGCUCCAACGCAGCGCCAAAAAGAGCUUGAUCAAAUUGCGAUGCAAUUGGAUCAAAGCGGGGAUGAUGAUGAUGAAGGAUUGGUCAUCCAGAGUCUUGAUUUCACCCCGUUAUCACCCAGUAACCGUUCGGGUUAAAAAUUCAUUAAACAUGUCUGUAUUUUUUUGAAUACCUGAAAUAAAAGUCAUACAUUUUAUUGCAUUACCUGUGAGUCUUGACUUUUUUUUAUUGCUAGGCAAGACCCAAUAUUCCCUCUCCUGUCCCCAGCCCUUUUUUUUCACGUAGAAGCUAGGAGAAAUUUCUCUCUCGCUUCUUCUUCGUCGGCGUCCUGUAGUCUUUCGUUUAUUGUCUCUUUCCUUCUCGUUGUUUAGAGGGUUUAGAGAACAAUUUUGACUUUUUCCUCGUCUUUCCUACAUAAAUCCUUACCCCCAUCUCCCUCUAACUUACGGUUUAGAGGGUUGAGGGCGAAAUAGUGGGGCAGAAGUUAUAUAAACCGUGAGGUUCCACUACUCGCCCUCUUUCACCAUCACCAUCCCCGACGACUAGUGCCUCGUCAAGUUUUAGUGUCUUUUUCGUGUUUUUUUGAUUUUAUUUAAAAAAAAAUGGUGAAAGUGACGUGUGCAGGAGCCUGCCAGGAGGAUUACGUCCGCGAGAUGCUGGCCACCAGGAGGGAGAGAGCCUACCUGAGGGAGGCAAAUACGUGGCUGCGCUGGGAGGACGCAGAGGGUGAAUCCCUGGAAGGCGAAAACAUUUUCGCCAUCCAGGAUUUGCACGCCAGGGCCGCCAAAUAGUUGGCGGAUGUCGAGGACGAGGCCUUCAUGCGCGGAGCUCGCUGGGAGGGAGGUGUCGGCCCAGACACCCCGAGAGCGCGGUGGAUCCGCGCUCUGAGGCGCGAGUCGCGCCAGUUCGAGGCCGAGGGUGAGCAGGCGCUCACCCUGUACGACGUGUGGGAUGCCUGGAGUCUCAGGAUCCUCUUCGGGGAGGAGCCCGCCCAGCCUGACCUGAUGGAGGAGGACUGGUCCCUGGAGCAGUGGGACUGAGACCCCUGCCCCCCCCCUCCAACUUGAUUUAAAUUAAAAAAAAAAUGUAUUUUUAAUUUUAAGUUUUUUUAAAAAUAAAACAAAAUUUAAAAAUCAAUAUUUACUUGUUUAUUUAUUUAUUUAUUUCCCUUAGCUUUAAA